UUUCAGCUUUAGGACAAGCUACAUUAGGAGAAGCGCAAAAAGAAGAUAAUUUGUGUUUUAACACUAGAUGAUGUUAUAUUGUUGUUAUUUGUUGAUGCAUCAUUAAGCUGGAAUACAAAAUGCCAGCCAUUGAAGAUCUCUGUAGUGAACCGAACUUCACUGCACACUGGAUGUCUGACACUUCCCGUGCUGGAGUCUUAUUAGAUCCUAAUUUUCCUGGGCUGAAAAUCCACAAAAGAAGUCUGUUAUCUGGACAUGAAAAUAUCACAGCUGAUGAUGAUGAAGUGCUGCAUUUUUCAAACARCUGCUCUAUAAGUGAGGACUCCUUGUGUGAAGAGCAAAUGCCGGAAUCCAGUAGCUCUUGCAGAGCUCAGGAACACAGCAAUGAAACAUCUUUUCCAGCAGCACUGUAUAGUUUAGAAGCCUCUAAAAUAGCAUUUGUCCAUGGUGAAGAGGAUGGGCAGAAUAAGCUGCACUACAAUCAUCCACUCUUACAAAAGCUUGACCAGCUAAAGGAAUUACAACAACAGAAACAGGAACAGCUGAAGAAACAACAGAUGGAACAACUUCAAAGGCUUAUGGAWGAGAAGCAGAAGCUACUUAGUAUGGUAUCAGCAGUUCGUGGUUCUGCUCUAGCUGAUGAAGGUCAAAACGUAAGACCUGGACACUUACUGGGCUUGACAGCUUUACAGUUUCCAUCAUCUCUGUAUCAGAACCACAGUGAAGUCCGAGCUGCUGCUGCCAAUAAUGUUUCUUCACAGACAGAGGACAGUAGGUAUUUACAGAAGAUAAACAACAAGGAAUGUAUCUCAUCUUUGAACAGCAGCCUUCCAGCAGUGUCUGCCUGCGAGAAGCAAAGUCUGGGUGCACCUCUGAAAAUGCAGAAUUGCUUGGAAAGCAAUGAAGAAGACAAGUAUACCACUGGAAAAAGCAUGUGGUAUCCAGAACAAAAGAUGGAAGAAUCAGUGGAGAGCAAAGAAUGCCACGUGGAUCACAUCUGUGUUGGAAAUGCAGCUUUCUCAGAAAAUUCCAAUGAAGAAAACCACAUACGGGCGACUAAUACAGAAGAAAGGCCUAUUAAAGCUGGGAUUCAGGAGAAGAAACGGACAUUUGAAGAAUUUCUGGAAGAACAGAUACAGCUAGAAGAGCAGCGUCUGAAGCAAAACCAAGAUGUACAGGACAGAAGUAGAUCAACCAUUCAGAAACCAGUGAUCAAACGACCCUUCCUGAAAAGAGGAGAAGGUUUAACAAGGUUUACUAGUGCCAAAUCUAAAAUGACAAAACUUAGAGAAAACAACCCAAAACCUCAACAAAGCGUUGCAGAGGACAGAUCACAGAUACAGAAGAAAACUCUGCCUCUUAGUAAAGAAGCAAUUUUGGAGAGCUCCUUUGUGCCAUGUAAAAAAUAUAACCAGUCUGGUAAAGUAAAACCAAUUCAGAAAACCCUGGUACUCAAGAAUCACAGUGGAAAAAAUACCUUCCCAUUAGAAACAAAAGCGCAAACAGGAAAGAAUCUUAAUCGACAGAUGGGAGAUUCUUUCCCAUCAGAAAUUAACAACAAAAUAGAAAAUAAAGAGAACAUCAUGGAAUUUGGUAAAUCCGCUAACAUGGGCAACAGAAUUGGAAACAAAUUCACUGACAUGGAAAAGCCUCAGUUCUACCAUGAACUGACCAGCGCCUCUUCUAAUCCUAAGUGUUCUGUAAAUCACUCUCUCAGAGGCCCAGAACAGUCUUUUGAAGUUUCAUUUCAGAAUAAGCUGGAAAACUGGGAAAAAGAGAAGGAAAAAGAAAAUCUAGAAUUAGAUGAAUUCUUGUUCCUAGAACAAGCUGCAGAUGAAAUAUCUUUCUCGAGUAAUUCCUCAUUUGUGCAAAGGCUCUUGGAUCAAGAUCAGCAGACUUUAAAAGGACGCAGAAUGUCUUCUACACCUAUCAAGACAAAACAGCAGCAAGGAAAUGCAUUGGCUGUUAAACUUAGAAAUAAGAAAAAUAAAAAGGCAAACUCUGACAUACAGGGAAAUAAAAAUGACAGAACGGUUUUACAUACAGUAUCAGCUUCAGGAACAGCUUUGAGACUGAAGGAUCAGUUCAAUAAAACAGAUAGUGUAAUGUUUUCAGCUUCUUCCAUGACAGUGGUUCCUGCUCUAAAAAAUACUCAGUGGACUGUGACUGAAGAUAAGGAUGAAAGAAAUAGUGAUAGUACUACAGAUUCAGAGACAGAAUCUGAGACCACAUUAAAAUGUGAAAGUGAAGAUGCUAAUACAUCUUUUACGAGCCAUAGAGAAAGUGAUCCUGAACUUUUUGGUUAUGGAGGCUCUGCUACAAACAUUAACAGAGAAAGGAAAAGUGGAGAUAAUGACCUUGACUCGCCAGACAAAGACUGCAGUGCCCUGUCAAAGCCAAGCAGAGCCUCAGACUGUCAGAGAAGCACGUCUGGUUUAAACAGGGGCAGACUUGAGUUUGAUGAUGAAAGAACAUGGAGUGAUCUUGAUGAAAACUUUGUUCAGAAUGAUUUACCUGAAAAAUGUACAAUUAAAAYGCCCUUACAGGCAGAAUUUUCCUGUAAAAAUGAUGCUUUUGUCCCAGAUAAAACAAUGAAGAGAAAAGUUGCCUCAAAGAGAGGAGAGGAACCGUCUGAAGAGCCUGCAGUGGACAGUGAUUCUAACGGACCUCCUGCAUCGAACCUGAUGAUGAAACUGUUUCCUUCCCUGAAACCAAAACAGAAGACAGGCUCUCCUUCAGAGCAGGAAAUCAAAACAAAUGGGGAACAGAAGCCUGGAGGAAACACUGUUCCAUCCCAAUUACUGAAAGAGAAACUAAUCGAGUUGGAAACUGAAAUUGAGAGAUUCAGAGCUGAGAACACAACUCUGACCAAACUCCGUGAGGAAAGGGAGUGCGCCUUGGCAAGUCUCAGGAAAGAAACUGCAGACUUUCAACAGCAGAAAGCCCAAGAACUGGCUGAAAUAGAAGAAUAUAAAAAGAAAGAAAUGAAAAAACUGCAAAAAGAGCGUAAAGUUUUUGAAAAAUAUACUACAGAAGUUAGAGCAAUUCCAGAUAAAAAAGAACGUGAUGAAAUUCAGGCUUUAAAACAGCAGAUUGCAGAGUUACAGGAAGAUAUAAAACGAAAAGAGACAAAAUGGUUAACAACUCAGCGACGUCUUAGAGACCAAAUAGACAUUUUAGUAAAUGAGAAUUUGGAGCUAAAAGAAGAAGUCAAAAUUAUGGAGAGGUUUCGUGUAGAAGCCUGGAAGAAAGCUGAAGCUGCUGGAAACAAGAGGAAAACUGAAGAUUCAGGGAUAAAAAGAGCAGAAUCUGUAUGUCUGCCCAAUAGAUGCCAGAAAAGCCAAGUUCCAUCUCCGCUUCUUCCAGCACAAAACUGCAGCAAGAUAAACGGCAAAGGUUGCUCACAGGCAAAAGCAGGAAUGCUUUCUAGAAUACCCAAGUCGGCACCUGCUAAUGAUAGAAACCACAUGGAUGAAAUGGUGAUGGGACCAGAUCCGCUAGAGGAGGCUCCCAGGACUUCCAUGGAAGACAUCUCUCCUAAUGAGACUCUUGUUUCAGUACCAUCUGUACCUGCAUAUACAGGCACUGAAGAGAUACUGAGAGAAAUUGCUUACCCUGAUGGAAAGGUUGAAAAGGUUUUAAAAAAUGGCUGUCACCUCAUAUUUUUUCCCAAUGGGACAUGGAAAAAAGUGAGUUCUGAUGCAAAAACCGUAACUAUAACCUUCUUUAAUGGAGAUGUGAAGCAGAUCAUGCCUGACCAAACAGUGAUCUAUUACUAUGCUGAUGCUAAGACAACACAUACUACAUACCCUGAUGGCUUAGAGGUCCUGCAGUUUCCCAAUGGACAAAUAGAAAAACAUUAUCCUGAUGGCAGGAAGGAGAUUACUUUCCCUGAUCAGACUAUCAAAAAUCUGUUUCUGGACGGGCAAGAGGAAAGCAUCUUUCCCGACGGUACAAUAGUUCGUGUUCAGCGAGAUGGAAGCAAAACCAUAGAGUUUAAUAAUGGCCAGAGAGAGCUGCACACAGCCCAGUUCAAGAGACGGGAGUAUCCGGAUGGGACUGUGAAGACCGUGUACACUAAUGGACACCAGGAAACAAAGUACAUCUCGGGAAGAGUAAGAGUGAAGGACAAGGAUGGCAAUAUUAUCAUGGACACCAAGCUCUAGUUGAUUCAGAAACUCCUGGAAGUGUUAGCAGCAAAAAUAAUGUACAUGUUUGUAAACAAAACCUCCUUUUAAGCUUAAAGUUGUAUAUAUUUGUUUAUAGGUUUUUCUGAAGUGAAUUU